AUGGCAGACCACCUUGGACCAUCAUCGUCUUUUGCUUCAAUCGAAAAUAACGAGUUCGACGUUAUCAUUAUCGGGGGCGGGACAGCGGGCUUAGUGGUCGCCCAUCGUCUCACAGAAGAUUCAAAUACCAAUGUUUUGGUAAUUGAAGCAGGUAGUGAUAGAAAGAAUGAUCCAAGGGUUUACACACCCGGGUUGAUGUCCCUGCUAUAUGGUGACCCCGAGGUUGACUGGGACUAUAUGACACCACCGCAGCCUGGCUUGAAAGGACGUCAAUUGGGCCACGCCCGUGGGAAGAUGCUAGGCGGCUCAUCCGGUAUUAAUUUUUCGGCUCUUUUCUAUCCCUCCAAAGCAGGAUUCGACGCCUGGGCAGCGCUGGGAAAUGCAGGUUGGGAGGGUGACUCCGUGCUCCCGUACCUUCGGAAAUUUCACACCUUUCAUGCGCCUCCCAAAGCCACCACAGAUGUUAUCAAGCUUGACUACCUCAAGCAUUCCAUGCAAGGCACAGAUGGGCCAUUGCAAGUCUCCUUUGGAGACAGCUAUUCUCCAGGUAAUCAGGCUUGGAUGGACACGUUCAGAGCGCUCGGAUAUGAAAUCAACAAUGACCCCAUCACCGGCCAGGCCAUUGGUGCGUUUACCAACACGCACACUGUUCAUCCAGAUACAAGAGAGCGAAGCUAUUCACGGACGGCAUACUAUGAUUCCGACACGGCCAAACGCCCCAACCUUCACGUUCUAGUAGAGGCAUUUGUCGAAAAAAUUAUUUUCAACGAAUCAGACGGGUCUAUCACCGCCACAGGUGUGCAGUUUCGAACAAAGGAUGGAGAGCAGCAUACGGUAACUGCAAGAGAUGAGGUUGUUCUGUCUGCUGGAGCAAUCAACUCCCCACAGAUCUUAGAGCUUUCUGGGAUCGGGCAAAGAGACCGUCUGGAAUCUCUUGGGAUCCCGGUUGUAAUUGAUAAUCCAAAUGUCGGCGAAAACUUGCAAGACCACCCGUCCUCUCACAUCAGCUAUGAACUCGCCGAGGGGAUCAUGAGCGGAGAUGCACUAGUCAACCCCGAGGUCACGAAACAACUCCUUGAGCUAUAUGAAUCAUCCCGUGCUGGUCCGCUUGGAGGUAGUUGGCUUAGUGGCGCAUACAUGCCCUUUGUGGAAGCAAAUGGCCCUGUGACCGAGGAGAAGAUCAAAACACUGAUUGAUUCCCAUAUCGAUGGAGACAACUUAUCUCCAGGUCUGGUGAAGCAGUACAAGCUUCUUUGUGAACUUCUCAAAAACUCGAACGAGUCUUCUGGUGAAUACCUGUAUCUGCCAUUUCAAAUCAACAUGCGUGACGUGUUAUCGCUUUCUGAUUUGAUGAACAAGAAAGAUACGCCGGGUCAAUUCAUCACCAUUAUGGUUAUGUUGAAUCAUCCAUUCUCUCGUGGUCACGUUCAUAUAACUUCUCCUGACCCAUUGGUUAAACCAACGUUCGACCUACAACUACUCUCUCACCCGCUUGAUGUUGAAAUUCUUGGCAGGCAUACGCAAUACAUUGAGAAGAUCGCAUCCACUGAGCCUCUAGCUUCAAUGCUAAAGGCAGGUGGAAAGCGUAUCCCAUCCAAUCGCACCGCUCACCACCUCGAGGAUGCAAAAGACAUCGUAGCUGAUCGUGUAAUUACCGUUUUCCAUCCUGCUGGAACUUGCGCCAUGAUGCCACGCGAACUUGAUGGCGUUGUCAACGAACGUUUGAUUGUGCAUGGUACACGCAACCUACGAGUUGUAGACGCGAGUAUCUUCCCAUUAGAACCACUAGGGAACAUUCAAAGUGUCGUGUAUCUUGUGGCUGAGAAGGCCUCUGAUAUUAUCAAAGAGGACAGAAGAAAGUGA